GGUGCUCCGCGCUAACAGCACUUGCCACAACAGUUUGUUGAGGCUAUUCGGGGGAUCUCUGUCUUCGUGUGUUCCCGUGGCCGCGAAGCUGUUGCUCGCGCGAGGCCUGGGGAGUCGUUGCGUGUCCGUGUGGUCCGCGAGGAGGUCUGAAGCAAACGGAGAGCGCGGAGGGAACCCGCAGCCCCGCGCCGCCCAACACGAGCUGACGGCAAACUGGAGAUGGAAACAGAUGGGGAGAUGAAGAGACUUCGAACCCGCUCCAAAGCAGCAGCAAUGGAGGCAUCGGCACACGAGCUGCUCAGCUCCUACAGCUGUCCCCUCUCGAAGAAGCGCAAGUCCGGUGCGAGUGAGGACCCCCCGUGCGCGAAGCGGAGGGGAGCCGCCGGCGGCGGCGGCGGAGAGUCGGGCAGCAGAGCGGCGCCACGGGGGGGCUCGGACGGGGGUGGCGGGGAGGAGGAGGGGGGCGGCGGUGGUGGUGAGGAGGAGGAGGAGGGCGGCGGCGGUGGUGGUGAGCGGGAGGGCGACGCGGAUGCCGUGGGGUGCAGCCCCGAGGACGCGUACGGGUCGAGCGAGGACACGGGGGAGGCCGUGGCGGGGAGCGAGGGUCCAGCGGCGGCGGCGGCGGCGGAGCGCGGUGACACCGAGGGACGAGAGGAGGGAUUCUACUCGGAGGAGGAGGAGGAGGAUGAGGCAGCGGAGGAGCAGCAGGCGGCGCGCAGGAGAGAAGCGGCCCAGAGGAAGGGGAAAGAGGCCGGGCUCAGAGACCGGGAACAGCAGCAGCAGGAGGAGAAGCCGUGCACGGGAGAUAAGCAGAAUGGGAAGGUCAAGCCGGGUGGUGGAGGUGGCGGUGACGUUCGGGAUGAUUACGAUGACUACCAGGAGCUCGUGGCCAAAUCGCUUCUGAAUCUGGGUGAGAUGGCGGAGGCGGCGUCGCGGCUCACAGCUCCACACUCCCCGCGCACCGACGGCCUCGACGACAGCGGCAUCCACCUGCCGGACGCUGAGCGCGACGACGACGAGGAGGAGGAUGACGAGGAGGAGGAGGAGGACGCGAAGCGGCGGGCGGCGAGGGAGGAUGGAGAUGCGAAGGAGGAUGCGGUGGAGGGACCCCCGGGGGCUGUGAAGCCCGGGCCCCCGUCGGCAGGCGAGGAGCCCGAGCGGAGUGCGAGGAGGAGGGGGAGGAGCGUGGACCGGGGGGGCGCGGGGCCCCAGCAGGAGCGGGGGGAGCAGGGGGCGGCAGCCCUCGAGGAGGCCGAGGCCAACCCGCGAUUUCAUUCCAAGACGCAGGUCUCCAUCAAGCAGGAGCGGGACGACUGGGGCCGCCCGGUGCCCGCCCCUGCGGGGCCAGAGGUGGCACAGGGGGGCGGUGGCGGGCAGCAGCAGCAGCAGGAGGAGGAGGCGGUGAUCGUGGAGCGCGCGAGAUCCCUGGGCCCCGGCGAGCCCUGCAUGAGCAGCCUGGAGUGCCUCCGCAGCCAGUGCUACGACCUCGCGCGCAAGCUCAGCGACGACACCACCACCGCCGCGGCGCCCCCCGCGCCCGACGCCGCCGGCGCCGCCGCCGCUGUGGCCGUGGCGCUGGUGGCGGCGGACCCCCACCCACUGCGCACCAACUCCUCUGUGUCGCCGCCAUCGUCGUCAUUGACAACAAUAACAUCAUCGACAUCGUCUCCUGCCUCUCCUCCACCCGCCGCUCAACAUCACCACCCCCCUCCUCCUGCUGCUGCUGCUCCUCCUCAUCUUCCUCCUCCCGCGCACGGCGCCAGCGCUCGGCCAAAGCCCGCGCCGGUGCCAGUGAAGGUGGAGGCGGUGCCCGUAGAGGUGGAGCAGGGUGCCGGCGGCGCUCGCCGCUGCCCCGACAUGCUCAACCUCCUGCGGCUGGAGGAGCACCUGGGCCCUCCCUACCGGCCCCACGACCGCUCGGGCUGCGCCGCUUCGGCCAGGGCGGCGCCAGCGGGCGGGCACGGCGCCCGGAGGCCGGCGGCGUUCCCCUCGGCGUGCCGCGCGACGACGGCCGCGGGGCCGCCGUCGCACGUCAAGCUGCCGUACGCGGAGCGCACGGACGGCGGCUACAUCCUGUCGGAGCGCGCCUACGUGGCGGGGCGGCUGCUGCUGCCCGAGACGGCGUCGCGAGGAGGCUUCUCGUCGGACGAGGAGGAGGAGGACGACGAGGAGGAGGAGGAUGACAGCUCGUGCGGGUCGCGCGAGGAAGAGGAGGAGGAGGAAGGAGACGAGGAGGAUGAGGACCACGACGAUGGCUUCGACGUGAUGAAGGGCAACAUGUCGGUGCUGGAGGCGGCCAUCGCCCUGGAGACGGAGCGCGCGCGGUUCAUGCGGCGCGGGGCCCUGGCGGGCGAGCUCGCGUGGCGCGCCGAGGCCGAGUUCGGCGGCGGCGGCGGGGCGCGCGUCGGGGUCGGCGGCGGCGCCGGGGGUGGCCACAGCCCCCACGCGCGCGAGCGGAAGCCCUUCGUGGUGGAGGCGCACGCGCGGAAGCACUCCGCCUCCUCCUCCUUCCUCAGAGAUGUGCGCGGAGAGAAGAAGGAGAGCAAGUGCCCGACUCCCGGCUGCGACGGCACGGGUCACGUGACCGGGCUCUACCCCCACCACCGCAGCCUCUCGGGGUGCCCCCACAAGGACCGCGUGCCCCCCGAGAUCUUGGCCAUGCAUGAGAAUGUACUCAAGUGCCCGACCCCGGGCUGCACUGGCAAGGGACACGUGAACAGCAAUCGCAACUCCCACCGCAGCCUCUCAGGCUGUCCCAUCGCCGCGGCCGAGAAGCUCGCGAAAAGUCAGGAGAAGCUCCAGGGAGAACCGGGGGGCGCCGGGCCUGGAGAACGCGUCCUCCGGCCCAUGUGCUUCGUGAAGCAGCUCGAGGUCCCCACGUUCGGCUGCAAGCCCAAGGGGGGGGGCGCGCCGCCGCCGGCGGGGGGGGCGGGGGGGGCCGCGCCGCGCUCGGGCCUCUCGCGGGAGCUCGAGAAGUUCUCCAAGGCCUUCGACUUCUCACCCUUCGGCCCGGCGCACUCCGCGGCGGCGGCGGCGGCGGCGGCCGUCUCGGCGUUUGGGAAGCGAGCGAUCGCGCCCAAGCUGCCGUCUCACAGCAAGCCUUACGACGUGAAGCCGCUGGCGCCGGGCCCUGCCGCGCGCCUCUCGUCCUUCGCCUUCGGCAAGGGCCCCGGCGCGGGGCCCGACUUCGGGGCCGACGCCGCCGCCGCCGCGGUGGCGGCCGCCGACCACAUGGCGGCGGCGGCGGCCAUCCUCAACUUGUCGACGCGGUGCCGCGAGCUCCCGCAGAACCUGUCAACCCGCGCGCACCCGGCAUCGCCCCCGCCCCACGCUCUCCUCUCCUCAUCCGCCUCAUCCGCUACCACCUCCUCCUCCUCCUCGAGCUCGUCCUCGCUCGCCGCACCACCACCAGCAACGGGAGUGGCGCAGCAGCAGCAGCAGCUGCAGCAGCAGCAGCUGAUCGGGCACCACCCCCCCCAGCUCAUCGAGGUGGACGAGAACGGGACGCUCGACCUCAGCCUGAAGAAGGCUCGUCCGUCAGCCAUCGCCACCGCGGCGCCCGGCGAGGGGGGAGCGGGAGGAGGCGGUGGCAGCGGGGGGGGCCGCUCCCCCAGCCCCCCCUGCGAAGGGGGGGCCCCGCCCCCGCGUCACGGCUCCCCCGCGCCCCUCGCCGGAGCGGGGGCGGGACGCGUGAACCGCUACGCGCACCUCCCCGACGAGCCCGAGGGCUGGGACGGCCCCGUGGACUACACCAAGCUGGGGCGUGCCGAGGGAGGAGGGUACGUGGACGAUGACGAGCGCUCGGCCGCCGACUCGCUGGAGGAGCGGCGCUACCCGGGGGAGGUGACGGCGCCCAGCCCCCGGCCCAAGGCCUUCUUCUCCAAGGACGGCAAGAAGGAGCUCAUCACCUGCCCGACUCCAGGCUGCGAUGGCAGCGGCCACAUCACAGGGAACUACGCGUCUCACCGCAGUCUGUCUGGCUGCCCCUUGGCUGACAAGAGCGUCCGCAGCAUGAUAUCGUCCAACUCACAAGAGCUGAAGUGCCCAACGCCAGGCUGUGAUGGGUCUGGGCACAUCACGGGGAAUUACGCCUCUCAUCGCAGCCUGUCGGGCUGCCCUCGUGCCAGGAAGAGCGGCCUCAAGCUGGCGCUGAGUCGCGAGGAGAGGGACGACCCCGAGCAGACCAGGUGGGGAGACAUGGGGUGCCCCGUGCCGGGCUGCGACGGGCAGGGUCACGUGACGGGCAAGUACGCGUCACACCGCAGCGCCUCGGGCUGCCCGCUGGCCGCGCGGCGCCAGAAGGAGGGCUUCCUGAACGGCGCGGCCUUCCCGUGGCGGGCCGCGGGGCCCGGGAAGGCCGACGGGGUCACGUGCCCCACGCCGGGCUGCGACGGCUCGGGACACGUCACGCGCAGCUUCCUCACGCACCGCAGCCUGUCGGGGUGUCCCCGCGUGUCGUCGGCGCUGAAGCGCGCGCGUCUCUCCGGGGACGAAAUCCUCACCAUCAAGUUCCGCGCCAGCAGCGAGGUGGAGAACGAUGAGGACAUCAAGCAGCUGGACGAUGAGAUCCAGGAGCUCAGCGAGUCCAACUCCCAGAUGGAGGCAGACGUGGCGCGCCUACAGGCACAGAUCGCCAACAUGGAGACCAACCUGAAGUCGAUGGAGGAGGAGAACAAGGCCAUGGAGCACCAGAACGAGGUGCUGCUCCACGAGCUCGCCUCGCUGAGCCACACGCUCAUCCGCAGCCUCGCCAACAUCCAGCUGCCGCACAUGGAGCCCAUCAACGAGCAGAACUUCGACGCGUAUGUGACGACGCUGACCGACAUGUACACCAACCAGGAGCGCUACCAGAGCCCCGAGAGCAAGGCACUGCUCGAGAGCAUCCGCCAGGCCGUCAAGGGCAUCCAGGUGUAGCGGGGGGGGGGAGGGGCACGGGGCGGAGAGGAGCGGUGACGACCCCCCACCGCCAUCCGGACGCGGCGAGAGAGCCGAAGAAUGUGGGGGGGGGGGGUGGGGGGCAAACGGAAGGACCGGGGGGAGGGGCGAGCGUCGCUCCCCCACGGCAGCCGGCGCGACACCCCCCAACAGCCCCGUCGCUCACCGUGCCACCCUUCACUCGCUCCCUAGCGCUCGCUCCCUAGCGCUCUCUCGCUCCCUAGCGCUCAUUCCCUAGCGCUCUCUCGCUAGCGCGCUCAUUCCCUAGCGCUCUCUCGCUAGCGCGCUCUCCCUAGCGCUCUCUCGCUAGCGCGCUUUCCCUAGCGCGCUCUCCCUAGCGCUCUCUCGCUAGCGCGCUCUCCCUAGCGCUCUCUCGCUAGCGCACUCUCCCUAGCGCUCUCUCCCUAGCGCUCUCUCGCUAGCG